AUGGGAUCGCGUUUUCAACAACCGCCGGUCACCACUGGCCAUCAUACAACUCAUAACCAUCUGGGCCUCAGGCAAGACGUUGCUCAUCAUUAUAGUUCAUCUUUCGAUGAAGAUACAGACGAAGAAAUAUUUGACGGGCCUCUUCAUCAAUACGAGGACGCAUUCCCAGGCGAUCCUGCGUUGCAGAUGCGCCCCGCACUAGCAGAAGCCGGCGGCCCCAGGGUGUAUUACGCGUCCCAGAACAUAGGGGGAAGUAGUAGCAGAAACAACUUCAUUGGGGCCUCUUCUAUUAAUGCAGCAGGUCGGGAGGCUUCUCACUUAACGGCUUCCAAUUCGAAUCGGCUUGCUGAAGGACAGUCACGCAGUAGAGGGCCCCCUCAGUUUGGCGAACGUAGGGGAGAUGCUGACGAAAAUCAAGAUAAAUGUUGUCUCGGGGAAGUCCAUCAUGAUGGAGAAGUAUCGGCUUCUCAGCAGAGGGAAGAAACACAGGAUUCAAGAGGUCCGUCGUUCGUCGCUGUAGACGUGGGGGGGAAGAAGCCCCGAAAACUUGAAGGUUUGCCGACUGUUUGUGCAGAAAAUACUUUUUUAAAGUCUGCCAGAAGAAACAACAAUAAAUGGUCGAAAUUAUACAAUGAAAAUCCAAACGAGGCGGCUCAAAUAGCGGAGGAAGCUUUCUCUAAAGUCAAAUUCUGGAGAGAAGUCUUCUCCGCAUUGACCGGAAUGCACGGGGUGUACGUACUGGCGAACUUCGCAUUCGACAAUCCUGCCGGCGGCAUCUGUUCACUUUUUUGUUUCUUAUGUUCUGCAUUUGCGCAAGUUGAUCGUAGAGCACCUUCUUACUUCUUGACUGCUUUACUUUCGUUUUGUUUCGGAAUUGUUGUUGCCGUUUCCGUCGGCACGCCUGUUCGUGGUUUCGAAGCUUUUUCAAACAAUCUUCUCUUGAGACGGAUCUGCAUCACUCAGGCAUGUUUACUCCUUCUUGCUACUCCUGUCGCGAUCCUCGUCGCCUUACGGAUCAUCGAGCUCCACAGCUUCCUCCGAGAACCUGGUGUUUUAAUACCCUUAGAUUGCACAGAGGAAACGGCGGAAGAAAACACGCAAAAGAACACUCAAGAAACCUCAUCAGAAACCUCGGAACAUACAAAUUACGAUCCUAACACACGUAAAGAACCCACAGCAUCCGGUAGCCAAGAUGAUGCAAAUUCACAGCGCAGCCCAUCAUUUGAGGGCAACGACGCCACCACCUAA